AUGUCCAACAGCAGCUCCAUCAGGCACUUCCUCCUGCUGGCAUUGGCAGACACGCGGCAGCUGCAGCUCCUGCACUUCUGCCUCUUGCUGGGCAUCUCCCUGGCUGCCCUCCUGGGCAACGGCCUCAUCAUCAGCGCCGUAGCCUGUGGCCACCACCUGCACACGCCCAUGUUCUUCUUCCUGCUCAACCUGGCCCUCAGCGACCUGGGCAUGAUCUGCACCACUGUCCCCAAAGCCAUGCACAAUUCCCUUUGGGACACCAGGAACAUCUCAUACUCAGGAUGUGCUGCACAGGUGUUUUUCUUUGCCUUUUUCAUUGCAUCAGAAUUUGCAUUUCUCACCAUCAUGUGCUACGACCGCUACGUGUCCAUCUGCAAACCCCUGCACUACGGGACCCUCCUGGGCAGCAGAGCUUGUGCCCACAUGGCAGCAGCUGCCUGGGCCAGUGCCUUUCUCAAUGCUCUGCUGCACACAGCCAAUACAUUUUCCCUGCCCCUGUGCCACGGCAAUGCCCUUGGCCAGUUCUUCUGUGAAAUCCCUCAGAUCCUAAAGCUCUCAUGCUCACACUCCAGCUUAAGGGAAUUUGGGCUUCUUGUGGUCACUUUCUGUUUAGGUUUUGGUUGUUUUGUGUUCAUUGUUUUCUCCUAUGUGCAGAUCUUCAGGGCUGUGCUGAGGAUCCCCUCCGAGCAGGGACGGCACAAAGCCUUUUCCACCUGCCUCCCUCACCUGGCUGUGGUCUCCCUGUUCCUCAGCACUGACACAUUUGCUCACCUGAAGCCCCCCUCCAUCUCCUCCCCAUCCCUGGAUGUGGCAGUGUCCGUUCUGUACUCGGUGGUGUCUCCAGCCCUAAACCCCCUCAUCUACAGCCUGAGGAACCAGGAGCUCAAGGAAUCUCUCAGGAAAGCUGUGACUGGAUGCUUUUCAGCCUUUUCAUUGUCCCAUAAGAGCCCUCACAGAGGGGAGUGCUAG